AUGAGUAGGAAGAGAUCAAAAAUGUCGUCCAGUGGCACUCUCAGUAACUGCUAUGUGGACGCUAUCAUGGGCCAGGAGCCGGAGGAUGUGUACGGUGCGCGUUUUAUUCAAGCUCCACACUCGGUGACCCCAAGGCCGCCAGGUGCUGGGGACAACGCAGACUUUUCCUCUUGCAAUUUCGCACCAAAGUCCGCCGUUUUCUCGUCGUCUUGGUCGUCGGUUCACCCGCAGGGGAUUUAUCAUCCAUACGUGCACCACCACCACCACCAGUCCCAUCUCUCCGCGUCGGACGGCAGAUAUGUAGGCGUCCGUUCCUGGAUGGACCCCAUCUCCAACCACGUUUCGUUUGCCGGAUUUCACUCCAGCAGUCGCUCGUACGGGACAAAGCCCGAUAUCUUACCAGCGAAAGCCACAGAGUGCGACGCGCUAGAGGCUGAAGCCAGACCGCUCUCCGGUGAAUACGCGUGUGGAGCUUCAGAGUGUCCAGAAAAAGCGACCAAAGAGCACAGUGGAAGUGAGCUUUCGAGCCACAGCGAGCCCAAAGAAGAGAAACAACAACAACAACUUGACCCAAACAACCCUGCUGCAAACUGGAUUCACGCACGCUCCACGAGAAAGAAGCGAUGUCCUUACACUAAAUAUCAGACUUUAGAGCUGGAGAAGGAGUUUCUCUACAACAUGUAUUUGACCAGAGACCGACGCUAUGAAGUGGCCCGUAUUCUCAGUUUAACAGAGAGACAAGUGAAGAUCUGGUUCCAAAACAGAAGGAUGAAAAUGAAGAAGAUGAACAGAGAAAGGAACAGCAAGGAUCAGCUAUGAAGGAAACCAUCUGAACUAUCUACUUUAUUUUGGUAGGAGUUUGAUAGACGUUUUCAUUAGAGACGUUCUAGGUGUCAUAUCAUCGAGUGUUGGUGUCAUCAUGUUUCAAUCCAGGAGUUUGACUUUGGUGGGAUUUGUGCGUCACGAUCCCACGUAUAUAGUGUUUGCAGCCAUUUGAU